AUGACUGGACGCGGAAAAACCGGUGCCGGUAAGGUAAAAGCCAAGGCCAAGAGCCGUUCAUCCCGCGCUGGGCUUCAGUUCCCGGUGGGUCGAGUCCACAGACUCCUGAGGAAGGGUUACUACGCUGAGCGUAUCGGUGCUGGAGCUCCGGUCUACCUGGCGGCUGUGCUCGAGUAUCUGACAGCUGAGAUCCUGGAGCUGGCAGGAAACGCCGCCCGCGACAACAAGAAGACCAGGAUCAUCCCGCGCCACCUGCAGCUGGCUGUCCGCAACGACGAGGAGCUCAACAAGCUGCUGGGCGGAGUGACCAUCGCUCAGGGCGGUGUGCUGCCUAACAUCCAGGCGGUGCUGCUGCCCAAGAAGACCGAUAAGGUCGCCAAGAAGUAA